CCCCAGAGAGGGCAGUUCCUGAUUGUUUGAAGGUUGUGCUGCGGCAAAACUCUAUCGGCACAGGUAUGAGUGUAUUUGGAGCCUGUUUCGGGAUCAAAUAGAUGUGCCUCAUGGACAUUUUGGCCUAAAAGGCCUUCUCCAAAAUGCCAAACAACAUCAUCCAGAAGGAGUAUGUGAGGCAAGGACUGCUGAAGAUGCACAAGCUAUGGCUCACAUUGCUACCUGUAGCUGCAGUCUCACUUGUCUAUAUGUACUUUCUGGUGUUGAAUGAUAGGCCUGACAUUGAGGUUCCAGAAGCAGAAGCAUGUCAAAGACUGUUGAGCAACCUAACACAACCUCAGAAGGUGAAUGAGGGCUGGGGCCUGAGACAUGUGAAGUUAAUGCAGAACUGCCACUGGAAGUUCAACACCACUGCUUUGGCCCAGUACAGGGCAGAGCUUGGGCGCUGCUGCAAUGCCUCAGCCUGGCUGGCUGUGACACAAGACAACACACCACUGGGGUCUGAGAUUGUCUAUGAUGCCUAUCCCUCAAAGCGAUUGAAAGUUAGCAGUGGCUUGCUGGAGAUCUUGCCAGAGAAAUCCCCCUUUCAAGAGUCUCCCUACAAAACCUGUGCUGUAGUGGGAAAUGGAGGAAUCCUCAGGAACAGUAGCUGUGGCUCUAAAAUUGAUGGGCACGAGUUUGUAAUCAGGUUUAACUUGCCUUCUGUGGACUUUCCUGAGGAUGUGGGCAAAAAAUCAAGCAUUGUCACUGUGAAUCCUAGUAUCCUUCAUAAAAGGUUUCAUGGUCUGAAUGGUCGACGCCUGCCAUUUGUGAAGGCAGCAGCUUCCUAUGGAAAGACUUGGUUCCUCAUCCCAGCUUUCUCCUACCCCAGUAACAGUGAGGCUUCUUAUCGAGCCCUCUAUGCCCUACAGGACUCUGCCUCCCAGUCACAUAUCUUCUUCUUCCACCCUCAGUACCUGAGUAGUCUAAGCAAGUACUGGCAUGACCAUGGCUUUCAUACGCCUCGCCUCUCCUCAGGUUUCAUGCUGGUGAACGCUGCUCUGGAGUUGUGCCAACACAUUACCCUCUAUGGAUUCUGGCCCUUCUCUUUGCAUCCUGAUGGCCAUUCCCUGCCCCAUCAUUACUAUGACAAUGUGCUUCCCAACAGCAGGAUACACAUCAUGCCCAAAGAGUUCACUUACUAUGUGGAUAUGCACUUCCAUGGUGUGUUGCAGCUGCAUCUGGGGCGGUGCUAAGGGGUCAAGUCAAAGAUAAAGCAAAACAGAGUCUAAAGAACAGAGUUUCUGCUGUUAUUAUCCAUCUGGGAUCUUCUGAAGGGAAUGUAUAGACCUAGAUGCAAACCUAGAGACUCUGAGGAUAAAAAAUAUGCCUCCUUCUCUUUUCCACACUGUUCCAGUAGAAGGUUCAGUAGGUAGCAUUAGCAUCAGAUCAUUUUUCUGUUAAUUAAUUGAAAAUCACUAAUUGUCAGCUGCUAGUGCUUAAUGCAUAAUUAGAUUGCCAAAAAAUAUCUUCCUUUCUUGCCAGUAGUAUGUAUUUAUUAACUACAUUUCAGAAUUUGAGCACCCCAUCUCAAAAGCCUUCAUUUCUCUAACACCGUUUGUCAAUAAACCAAGUGCUUAUCACA